CCCUUCUCCAUCUUCUUCCUCCUCCUCCCCAACUCGCGCCAACAAUGGUCGUCUCCACAAACUCCUCCUCCUCCUCCUCUCCUCCAACCCAAUGUCUCCACCUCACCUCCUCCUCCUCCUCCUAGCCCUCCUCCUCUCGCCGCCCCUCCUCCUCGCCUCCUCCUCCUUCCCCCUCCCCACCAUCGCCAUCGCCGCCGUCUCCAACUCCAGCUCCAACCCCUCCAAGCAGCAUCUCGCGUGCGGGCUCGUGCCGGCGGCGGGGGGCGCGGCGGCGGGGUACAGGAUCUCGUGCGCCAGCGUGUCGAACAGGUCGGCGGCGGCGCCGCACGUGUACGCGUAUGGCGGGGACGGGACGUGCUCGCCGUACUCGGCGGUGGUCGCCGGGGACGGGUACCUGUGCUCGGCUGCGCCGACGUCGUCGCCGCCAAUGUCGAUGCGGUGGUGGGAUCUGAACGAGGCCGGGGAUGGGUCGAAGCGGGUGUACAGGGGGCGGGUGCUCUCGGCGGUGUCCGGCGGCGGGGAGUCCGUGUGCGGGCUCGUCGGGGAGAGGAUGCAGUGCUGGAGGUGCCCGUGGGGGGAGGGCGCGCCGGCGAGGGUGGGGUUCUCGGCGGUGGCGGUGGGUGGCGGGUUCGUGUGCGGGUUGGUGGUGGGGAGCGGGGAGGUGAGGUGCUAUGGUGGAGGGGAGGUGGUGGGGAGGGAGCCCGCGGGGAGGAGGUUCAUGCUGCUCGCCGCCGGCGAGAGGCACGCGUGCGGCGUGGAUGAUGGCGGGGUGGUGGGUUGCUGGGGGGAGGCGGCGGCGGUGGCGGCCGCGUCGCCGCCGAGGAUCAGCCGCGCGGUGUCGACGGUGGCGGUGGGCGACGCGGUCACGUGCGUGCUGUGGGGGAACUGGACGGUCUCGUGCUGGCCCGAGGGGGAGGCGUCGCCGCCGCCGGCGCUGGCGGGGCAGCAGUUCGUCGCGCUGGAGGCGAAGGGGAAGGUGGUGUGCGGGGUGCUCAUGUCCGACUACUCGCUGCAGUGCUGGGGCGCAGGCGUCGCGGGCGGGGUGAGGAAGGUGUUCGACAAGGUGCUCCCGGGUCCGUGCGCGCCGUCGAAGUCGUGCUCGUGCGGCGUCUGGUCGGGCUCCGCGCAGCUCUGCGCCGGCAGCGGCGGGGGAGGCGGCGGAGACGUGUCCGUUUGUUACCCCUGCGGCUACACCCCUCCUCCGAUGGCGCUGUCCCCGACGUCCAACUCGUCGUCGUCGUCGAGCUCUCAAUCGAAGGGGAAGCGUCGCCCGAGCAAUCUGGCGAUAGCGUUGAUCAGCGCCGGAGCUGGAUCGGCGCUCGUGGCGCUCCUCGCCGCGCUCGCGGCGGUUUACUACCUGCGCCGGCACCGUGGCAGCAGCUCGCCGGUCUCCGGGCGCAUCCACGCCGAGCCGACGGGCACGGCGCCGCGCGUGGAGCGGCGGCUCAGCGCGCUGCUCUCCAAGGGCCCGAACACGACGGUCGAGCAGUUCCCGCUGGUGGCGCUCCGCGCCGCCACCGACUGCUUCUCGCCGGCGAAGCGCAUCGGCUCCGGCAGCUUCGGCGCGGUGUACCGCGCGUCCCUCCCCGACGGCCGCGAGGUCGCCAUCAAGCGCGCCGAGCGCCGCGACACGGGGGGCCCUUCCUCCUCCUCCGCCGCCGCGGCGCGGCGCGUCGACCACGAGGCGGCAUUCGUCUCCGAGCUCGCGCUCCUCUCCCGCGUCAACCACAAGAACCUGGUCCGCCUCCUCGGCUUCUGCGCCGACGGCGGCGAGCGCAUCCUCGUCUACGAGUUCAUGCCCAACGGCACCCUCCACGACCACCUCCACAGGCGUGCGGCGUCGGCGGCGGCGCCGCUCUCCCCGCCGCUCGCCUCCUGGCCGUCCCGCCUCCGCCUCGCGCUCGGCGCCGCCCGCGGCAUCGAGUACAUGCACACCUACGCCGUCCCGCCCAUCAUCCACCGCGACAUCAAGUCCUCCAACAUCCUCCUCGACUCCUGCUGGACCGCCAAGGUCUCCGACUUCGGCCUCUCCCUCCUCAACACCCUGGACGGUGACAAUGCCGCCGCCGGCGACGGAGGCAAUGCCGGCGACGGAGACGACGAGGAGCGGUGCGUGACGGCGGGGACGGUGGGGUACAUGGACCCGGAGUACUACAGGCUGCAGCACCUGACGGACAAGAGCGACGUGUACAGCUUCGGCGUCGUGCUGCUGGAGCUGCUGUCCGGGUGCAAGGCAAUCCAGAAGUACGAGGGCAGCGGCUCGCCCAAGAACGUGGUGGACAUGGCCGUGCCGCACAUCGAGGGCGACCGGGUGCACCGGGUGCUCGACGCGAGGCUGCCGCUGCCGACGCCGUGGGAGAUGGAGGCCGUCGCCUACGUCGGCUACCUGGCGGCCGACUGCGUCAGGCUGGCCGGCCGCGACCGCCCCACCAUGAGCGAGGUCGUGGGCGUGCUCGAGCGGGCCGUGGCGGCGUGCGACGAGUACGAGGAAGGCGGCGCCGGCGCCGGCGGCGAGCCCGCGCUGUCGCGGUCGUGCACCGAUGGGUCCACGGCGACGUGACGUGGCAUGUCGUGGAAUGGAAUGCCCCCAUUUGCAUGGUUGGCCUCCCUUGCGCAAGAACAACGGGGAGGAGAGUUUUCUUUUGAGGAUUUUUUGUUUGUUUUAUUGUUAUUGCUUAGCAUUAGUCACAGAACAUUCAUUAGUAUUUUAUAGAAAAGAAUCAAAAUUUUAGUGUAAAUGGUCUUCUGACAUUGUUUUGAUUUGAAAUAUUUUUGGGUUUUCUCCCCCCUUUUUUGUUC